AUGAGCGCUUUUGUGAGUAAUCACGCUCUGGUUCGAGCGGAGCCUCUCAAUCCGCGCGAUGCUUUUUUCGGUGGUCGCACGGAAAACAUGGUCACUCUGUACGAUGUGAAAGACGGGGAGCAGAUACGAUAUGUUGACGUUUGCUCUUUGUACCCAUACAUCUGCAAGUACGGUAAAUAUCCGGUGGGCUAUCCAACGGUAUACGUCGGCGACGAGUGCAGGGCGUUGACAGGUCCCGAAAAUAAUAUCAGUCUUUCCCGCGUCGAGGGCCUUGUUAAAUGUACAGUGCUUCCACCGCAAAAUCUUUAUCAUCCGGUGCUGCCGGUGCGAAUACACCAGCGCCUGUUAUUCGGGUUAUGUCGUAGCUGCUGCGAAACAAUGAACCAGGACGCGUGUCCUCAUGAAGACCCCGCGGAGCGUGUAUUUAGUGGUACUUGGGUGGUGGAUGAAUUGCGAAAAGCUAUUGCGUGCGGGUAUAAAAUAUUAACCGUGAGCGAGAUUUGGCAGUAUGAGAUAACGCAGUACAACCGCGAUACACAGGAGGGGGGCCUUUUCACCGGGUACAUAAACACUUUUCUUAAAAUCAAACAAGAGGCUAGCGGUUGGCCCGAGGGUUAUACAGGUGAUGAGGCUGCCCAAGACCGUUAUAUAACUUCUUUUAAGACAGCCGAAGGGGUUCAGCUGGAGCGUGGUGCGGUAGCGAAAAACCCGGGGCUGCGCUCGGUAGCCAAACUUUGUCUUAACUCUUUUUGGGGUAAAUUUGGACAACGCGAAAAUUUACCUCAAACAGAAAUAGUGUCGACACGCGAAAAACUUAUGGAGUUGCUAAACAGCCCCGAGCACGAGAUCACUGGUAUGCUACCUGUUAACAACCAGGUGCUGUAUGUUAAUUAUACGCAAACCGAUGAUGCUGUAAUACCGUCUAAUAUAGCAAAUACUGUCAUAGCUGCAUACACCACAGCCCAAGCCCGUUUAAAACUUUACACCUAUCUCGAACCGCUGAGUAGGCGUGCUCUGUACUGCGACACCGAUUCCGUUAUUUAUGUCACGAGAAAAGAGCCUGGAGAGUAUGAACCGCCAACGGGUCAAUUGCUAGGGGAUUUAACCGACGAGCUAAGCUCUUACGGCGAGGGCAGUUACAUUAAGUCUUUCAUCUCAGGCGGCCCUAAAUUUUAUUCUUUCAUAGUUAAUACACCGAGCGGCGCGGAAAGCGAGGUUUGCAAGGUUAAAUGCAUAACGCUGAAUUACGCAAACACCUCGCUGAUAAAUUACGAAUCAAUACGGUUAUUUAUAAUAGGUGAGAGAGAAAAUCCUGUUGUACUACAGUUUGAUUCAAUACGUCGGACGCCGUUCCACCAGGUUGUCACACGACCUGAAAAGAAAUCGUGCAUGCCUCUGAGCGUCAAGCGAAGACGUGAUGGCGAAUACGGCUCGCUCCCUUACGGCUACAAAUAA